AUGGCGAAGCUCUUGGAUGGCAAGGCGUGCAGCAAGGAAAUUGAGGCGGAGCUCAAGGAGCUGGUCCCAACGCUAAAUGUGACACCCACGCUCGCACUUCUGCUCGUUGGCACCGACCAGGACUCCAAGACAUAUGUGCGACUGAAAAAGAACGCUUGUACGCGCGUGGGAAUCACACCGCAGGUGCAUGAGUUGGCCGAGUCCAUCGAAUUCGCGGAACUGCUGGCUUUGAUUCAGUCACUUAACGCCGAUAACAGCGUCCACGGUAUCCUAUUGCAGCUGCCGUUGCCUGACCAUUUGAAGCUCCACGAAGAGGAGCUACUGGAGGCCGUCAGUCCGCUCAAAGACGUGGACGGACUGCACUCACACCACUUUGCGCGGUUGGCAGAGCCCGAAAAGGAAGAAGAAGGGGCAGUUAAAACACUGCAGCUGCAGCCUUGCACGCCCGCGGGCUGCUUAGAGAUUCUGGCUCGUAACGGCAUCGAGCUAGCUGGCAAGGAUGUGGUCGUCAUUGGUCGCGGACAGCUCGUGGGGCUUCCGCUGUCGCUCAUGCUUCUGGCAGCCAAUGCCACAGUGACUACGUGCCAUUCGAAGACCAAGAACUUGGCCGACAAGGUCCGACAGGCGGAGGUUGUGUUUGUUGGAACCGGUCAACCGGAACUUGUCAAGGGCGACUGGCUUGCUGAAGGAGCAGUAGUCGUCGAUGUUGGCAUCAGCUAUGUGGACGACGCUAGCAGUAAAAAGGGAUACAAGAUUCUGGGCGACGUGGACUUUGCCGCUGCCAGUGAGCGCGUCUCUGCUAUCACGCCCGUGCCUGGAGGUAUUGGACCCAUGACGAUCGCCAUGUUGCUAAAGAACACAGUCGAGUGCGCCACGUUUGCGUCGUCAAACAACUAA